CUCGGGCCGGGGAAGGGGUGGCCCCCGUCUGCCCAUGUGUCCUGCCAUCCGAUCCUCGCUCCUUCCUGUUGGCGGGCCUGACUCCACCUCUGCCGUCAGAUGGGAACGCUGGGGUGGAGGGGACUGCCUCACGCUGUCUCAGUCCCCGGUCAGCGGCUGUGAGAUCUGGAGAGAGAGAUACAGAAGCCUCGACGCAGGGGAGACUGGCCCGGCUUCCCUCCAGGCUGACCGUGUGACCUUGAGGGGGACACCUGCUCUCUCUGCCAUUGAGUGUCCUCAGCUGCAAAACGGGGUCUGACCUGGCGCCCCGCCUGCCUGGGCUGGGCAAGUCCGAUGCAGCUGUGGAGAUCGCCGCUAGAUAGCCCGGGGUGCGCUUUCUCCCUUCUAGGGCCGCAGGAGCGCUUACCCUCCUGCACCCUCUGGUCUUAGAUGGAGAGCUGCACUCCCUUCCCCAAAUCUGGGGCCCCUGAAGGGCUGAGAGCUCAGACCCAGGACACCUUGCUCUGGCGUUCUUAUGGUGGAGUUGUGUGCUGGCCUGGGAGGCCUGUGGAUGUUCCCAAAGUGGGGUCUGAGGCUUGGACCAGACACCCCUGAUUCCUGCCUGUAGCCCAUCUGCGUGUUUGCAGAGUGGGGCCACCAUUAUCAAAGGCCUUACAACUGCAGGCAUCCAAGUGCAGCUAAGGAGUCUGGCCAGUGUCCUCAGGAUGCCUGGCAUCAGUCAUGAACUACGUGGGGCAGCUGGCGGAGACUGUGCUUGGGACAGUGAAGGAGCUGUACCGGGGUCUGAACCCAGCCACGCUGAGUGGCGGCAUCGAUGUGCUGGUGGUAAAGCAGGUGGAUGGCUCCUUCCGCUGCUCACCCUUCCACGUGCGCUUCGGCAAGCUGGGCGUCCUGCGGUCACGGGAGAAGGUGGUAGACAUUGAGAUCAACGGGGAGCCAGUGGACCUGCAUAUGAAGCUGGGGGACAACGGGGAGGCCUUCUUUGUCCAGGAGCUGGAGAGCCAAGAGGAACAUGUGCCUCCCCGCCUGUGCACCUCACCUAUCCCUUGGGGGGCACUGCCUAGCUUCCCCUCGGACUCCCAGAUGGGCACAGCCAGUAGGCCUGAGAGCCCUGCUAUGGCGGGUAUGGCCUCCAUGGGGAGGAAGAAGAGGCGGCGCAGGAGGAAGCCCAGGCGGAAGGAGGACACCGUGACAGCUGACUCGAGUUUGGAAGAGCUGGAGGCAGGCACCGAGAGUGAGCUGUCCCUGCGGGAAAAGCCGAGGCUGGAGCCCCCAGGCAGUGUCCAGUCAGAAGGGGAGUCCUUACUGCAGCCCAAAGAUAUCUACCCCUACUCCGAUGGGGAGUGGGUCCCCCAGACCAGUCUCAUGGCAGGUGGGCUGAUAUCCCCUAAGAGUGACUCAGAGCUAGAGCUUCGGGCCUCAGAGCCCAGCCCCCUGCGAGCUGAGUCCCACAUGCAGUGGCCCUGGGGGCGGCUGCCUAAGGUAGCCAAAGCUGAGCAGCCCGACUCCUUGAUGGUCCUUGAAGGCAAGACCGAGGCAACCUCUCCUUGUCGGGAAGGGCCUAGCACCCCUUUUGUCUCUGUGGCUGGCAUGGACUCCUUGGAAUCCCCAAUCCUGCAGACAGAAGUUGGCAAUGACCUGCUUCAGCCUGACGCAGAGGCUCCCGCUUGGGUGGACAUCCCUCUCCCCACCCCGAAGAGGGAGGAAACCAGGACUCAGAGCACCGGGGACACACACCUCCCUCCUGCCUCAAAAUUGUGGACCUGGGCAGGUCUGGAGGGUCCAAUUCCCACCAGGCCACCAGCGGGGGUCUGCAGAAGGAGAGGCUCCCUGAAGAGAAGCCAGCACCUGGGCCCCAGUGACAUCUACCUCGAUGACUUGCCCUCCCUGGACUCUGAGAAUGUGGCCCUUUACUUCCCCCAAAGUGACUGUGAGCUGGGGGCCAGGACGUGGAGUGAACCCAGCAACCAGAAGCUCCUGGAGAACGCCAACCCUGAACACAUGCCAGAACCCCCUCCAGAUACAGUGGAUACGAUAGCGCUGUCCCUCUGUGGGGGACUGGCUGACAGCCAGGACAUCUCCCUGGAGAAGUUCAGGCAGCACGUCGUCACCUACCAGGACCUUGCCAAAAACCCCAGCCUCCUGGACGACCCCAACCUCGUGGUGAAAAUCAACAAGAAGCAUUAUAACUGGGCUGUGGCUGCCCCCAUGAUCCUCUCCCUACAAGCCUUCCAGAAGAACCUGCCCAAGAGCACCGUGGACAAGCUGGAGAAGGAGAAGAUGCCCCGGAAGGGUGGGCGGUGGUGGUUUUCCUGGCGACGCAGGGACUUCCCUGCUGAAGAGUGCAGUGGCCAGAGGGUGAAGACUACAGCCAGGGAGGUGCAGAGGGAGAAGGUAGAUGUCCUGAGCAGUGAGGACGAUGGCCCAGACAGCCCUGUGAUCCUUGAGGUCCCCUCCCCGCCACCCUCACCUCCAGCCUACACGCCCACCUACAAGAAGUCCCUCCGCCUCUCCUCUGAACAGAUUCGGUGCCUGAACCUGCAGGAAGGUGCCAACGAUGUGGUUUUCAGCGUGACCACCCAGUACCAGGGCACCUGCCGUUGCAAGGCCACCAUCUACCUGUGGAAAUGGGACGACAAGGUGGUCAUCUCUGACAUCGAUGGCACCAUCACCAAGUCGGAUGCUCUGGGCCACAUUCUGCCCCAGCUGGGGAAAGACUGGACACACCAGGGCAUCGCCAGUCUCUACCACAAAAUCCACCUAAAUGGGUACAAGUUCCUGUACUGUUCUGCACGGGCGAUCGGCAUGGCUGACCUCACCAAGGGGUACCUGCAGUGGGUGAGCGAGCAAGGCUGUGGCCUCCCCAAGGGCCCCAUCCUACUAUCUCCCAGCAGCCUCUUCUCCGCCCUCCACAGAGAGGUGAUUGAGAAGAAGCCAGAGGUGUUCAAGAUCGCCUGCCUGAGUGACAUCCGGCAGCUGUUCCUGCCCCAUGGACAGCCUUUCUAUGCCGCCUUUGGGAACCGACCCAACGAUGUCUUUGCCUAUCGGCAGGUGGGCCUCCCUGAGUCUCACAUCUUCACAGUCAACCCGCGGGGGGAGCUCACCCAGGAGCUCAUGAAGAGCCACAAAUCCACAUACGAGCGGCUUGGUGAGGUGGUCGGUCUCGUCUUCCCGCCUGUGGCCCGUGGCCCCAGUGUAGACCUGGCCGAGCCAGAAUACAGUAGCUUCAGCUACUGGCGGGAGCCCCUGCCAGAUGUGGACCUGGACUCCCUGGCCUGAGCCUGCCCUGCCUCUUUGGCCUGGCCCAGAACUGAGUGUCCCAAGGCAUAGGGAUAGAAGUGGGGUACCAUGGGUCCAAAGAACUGAAGGGGAGGAGGGGGCUGUGGACUGGUUGGCAGACACAGAGGCUCCCCCUUCCCCCUGCCCCGUGUCCUGUCUUGCCUCUGCCAGCUCAGUGGCAGGGGUGGGGCAAAUGCUCCUGGCCUCUGUAGCAAUUAAAUGUAUGGCUUACGGGCUUUUUGAGGGUUCUUUGUGCCCUUGGUGUCUCUGUCCUGUCAUUCUGGGGCCUUGAAUCAAUUCCUUAUGGGCAGAGAGAAGAGGGAGCCCAUUGAGGCUGGAGGCCUCAGGGAAGGGCUGGGGGCUGCCCUGUGGCAGCAGCGGGGAGAGGGAGCCUGCAUCAUACCCACUGAAGCCAGACCCUUCCACCAAGCCCUGGCCCCUUCCCACGUCACUGCCUCUCCCUUGCUGGUAUCUCAGCACAUGAGGCCGCCCCAGCCCUAGGCACUCUGGUACCUGCCCCACCAGCAGCAGGGAAGCGGGGGUUCCCAGGACACUGUCAGGGCCAUGGGAGUGUGGCCCCCACCCAGCUGCUACCCUUGCUCCUUUCAGCACCUUCCCUGAGGACUCCCCCCCGAGCCCCAUGGGGCAGGUGGUUGUUGGCCCAGCUGCCCCACCUUGGCCUGUGCGGCCAGUUCUGUGCUCAGGUGGCUGCUGAGGGCUCUUGUCCCAGGAGCUGUGGGAAGCAGGGCUGACGCCCACUGCAGCCCUCCCUCCCUGCACCGUCGCUGGUGAACACAGUGCCAUUAGAUGGGCUAAAAGCU